AUGAAGCCACAUUGGGCCAUGAUGCGCAAAUUAUGUGCAUGUGUGGGAAUACGUGCUACCAGAUGUACACGAAACGCAAGAGAGAAACGGAUACGCGCCCUAAAUAUCGAGCUGGCUUGUUUAGAAAAGUUGCAAUCCUCCCAAACAUGUGGAACGGGGUUCCAUUGCGAUCGGUUGCACAAGAGGACAAUCGCCGAGUUGGAACGAGAAGUUGCUGGCCUUACAAAUAAAUUGGAGGCAACAACUUUAAGAGAUGACCAAAGAGAAAACAUGUGGAGCUAUAUCGAAGCUCAAAGGGACUGCCUGGUGGCACGUACAGAACUGUUCGCAGUACGCGCAGCCCUCACGGAGGCCGAAAAACAAAGGGAAGAAAUGCGUCUCCAAAAGCAAAGCGUCCAGCGGGAGUUGUCAUUGGUCAACACGGAACUCGUUGCGACCCAACGCGCACAUGCCGAAGAAGUAUCGAAAUUGGAAGACGAAGUGGAACGACUCACACGUGAGGUCUCUACGUUACGCAAACAGUGCACGAAGGUUACAUUGGAGGAGAUUCGUGAAAUUGAGGCAACGGAAUCAGAAGAUCUGUAUAAGUCCCUACGCGAGCUGCGUAACGAAGUUGGCUGGCUAAAGUACUUAACCACGACGCUCGGUCAGACGUGCAACGCGCUAAAACGAGAGUUGUCCGAGAUGGACAAGACGGAAGCUGAAUUAGUCAGUGCUCAAAGUGAACUCGAGAAGUUGCAAGAUAAACUUUCGCAGUACCAACAAGAAGAGGCAAAUCGUGAGAAACAUACGAUUAAAGCCCAGGAGGAUUAUGACUAUCGUAAUGGUUCAGAGGAUGGACAAAAGUUGCUUCACCUAAAGGCAGAAAAUCGGAGAUUGCAGAGGACCCUGGAACUUUUGUGUACGCAGUUACCACACAUGGAUCAAGGGCACUAUCAUUUUAUUACAGGAGUUUGAAAGGAGCAACGUUUUCUAAACCUCUGGGAUAUGAAUGGGAUACGGGGAAGUGUGGACUUCAAGGAUGUUACCUAGGUAGUCGAAUCGACUGAAUAACUCAUGCACAAUUAAGCACAUGCUCAAAUUCUCAGUGACAAGUUAGAUGUCUAUCCAACAUAUUCCAGACAUGUCUGGUGAGAUAAAUAUAUGAAUAUGGAAUCUACGCCAUUUAGAUUCCAU